AUGGAAGAUCUUAACCCCACCCAAACUCUUACACCUCCACCACCACCACCACCACCACCACCACCACCAAGUGAACUCCCAGUUCCAAAUCUAAACCCUCCAAACACGGCCCAAAACCUCCCUCCUCAGCCCCCUCCUCCGCCUCCUGCUCCUCCCACUUUGCCUCAGGAGAGCAAGAAGAGACCUCUUGACCAAAAUGGACACACCCACCACUCUAAAUACUUCAAGAUUCGAGCUGUUGUCAAGGACCUUCGUCCCCAUUUCAUUGAGGUUCUCCGGACCCCCGUCUUUCACAAUUGCAAGGCAGCUGAUGAAAUUCGAGAACAGAUGAAGGUUUUGAUGAGUCUGUACAGAGAGAUGACAUCAGAAACAAUCUCCAUAGGCAAGCGUAAGAAUAUGCCAGAAAGUGACCAAGAUGUUAAGCCGACAGUAUUUGUGAAAGCAGCUUCCGAAGAAAAGCCGCCUGUCCUGUCGGAAAAUCUAUCCGAAAAGCAGACACCUCAAGGGACUUAUAUAGUAGGAGGAUCAGCUUUCGGUUGGAAUUUUAUCACUUACAACAACCUUGGCAAUAAAGCAGUCUAUUACGGCAGAACAAAGGAAGUGUUCAGGUCUGCUAAUGUAAUUCCUCCUCAAUGAAGCCCCAGUUAAACCAAGAACUCUCUCUCUCUCUCUCUCUCUCUCUCUCUCUCUGGCAAUGAGGGUGAUUUGAGUAUGAGGUUGUAUCACCUUUAAGGGGUGUGUAUUUGUAUUGAGAUAAAUGUUGAACCAUUUUAAAGGUUGAGAUCAGGUUGAGUUGUCAGGCUACCUUGGUGGUUGCUAUGCUUUCUCAUUCUUUUCGGUCACGAAAACGUCUGCUUCACUUUGUUUGGAUGGAAAGUAAGGAAAUGAACUGCGAAAUUUCAUC